GUUUGCAGAACUCCUUCUCCAGUGUCUUUCACAUGGAAUACGAAGAGCUGGCAGAAGUCCUAGACGCCCCCAAAAGGGACUGUGAUGUCAGCCAGAUUAACUACAUGUACGCCCAGUAUGUUAAAAACACCAUGCAGCCUCUGAACAUUGCAGACGUCACUAAGGACCAACGGUUCCCUUGGACAAGAGAAAACCCGGAUCACACCAGCAAACAGAUAAAGAGUUUGCUCUGCACUCCCAUCAGAAAUGGCAAGAAGGACAAAGUCAUAGGUGUGUGUCAGUUGGUGAACAAGAUGGACGAAGCAUCCGGCAGCGUGAAGGCCUUCAACAGGAACGAUGAGCAGUUCCUGGAGGCAUUCGCCAUCUUCUGUGGUCUGGGCAUCCAGAACACACAGAUGUACGAAACGGUGGAGAGAGCCAUGGCCAAGCAAGAAGUCACUCUGGAGGUCUUGUCAUAUCACGCCUCCGCUGCAGACGAAGAAUCGCAGGAACUCCAGGUAACCACGGUAGCCGCAGUGCCGUCGGCCCAGUCGUUGCGUCUCCUGGACUUCAGCUUCAGUGACUUUGACUUGUCCGACACAGAAACCACGCUGGGUACUAUCCGCAUGUUUGUCGACCUCAACCUGGUCCAAAACUUUCAGAUGAAGUACACGAAUUUACUCAAGUGGAUUCUAAGUGUGAAGAAGAACUACAGGAAGAAUGUGGUCUAUCACAACUGGAGGCACGCCUUCAACACCGCCCAGAGCAUGUUCGCCCUCCUCAAGUCAGGACGCUUUCAGAAUUACCUGAGCGAUCUGGAGGUCUUGGCCCUGAUGAUUGCUACUCUCUGCCACGAUCUGGACCACAGAGGAGUCAACAACUCCUACAUCCAGAGGAGUGACCAUCCACUGGCCCAGCUCUACUGCCACUCCACCAUGGAGCAUCACCACUUCGACCAGUGCCUCAUGAUCCUCAACAGCUCCGGAAACCAGAUCCUGAGCGGUCUGUCCCUGGACGAGUACAAAGCCACUCUGAAGAUGAUCGAGAGGGCUAUUCUUGCCACUGACCUGGCCCUGUACAUGAAGAGGCGUGGGGAAUUCUUUGAGCUCACCAAGAACAGCCAGUUUGUUUGGGAGGACGAAAAUCACAGAGAGUUACUCAGGUCGAUGCUGAUGACUGCAUGUGACAUCUCGGCCAUCACCAAGCCCUGGCCGGUGCAAAAAAGGAUUGCGGAGCUAGUAGCCACUGAGUUCUUCGAACAGGGGGACAAGGAGAGACAAGAGCUGAACAUUGAGCCCAGUGACCUGAUGAAUCGUGAGAAAAGAGAUAAGAUUCCCAGCAUGCAGGUGUCCUUCAUUGAUGCCAUCUGCAUUCAGUUGUAUGAGACGUUGGCCGGCAUGUCGGAGUACUGCUCCCCGCUGUUGGAAGGGUGUCGGAUCAACCGGCAGCAGUGGAAGCGUUUGGCGGAGGAGUGUGAGAAAGGUGCUGGUUAACAGCGUGGUGGGAUCCCGAUGUCCAGGGUUCUCCGAACCCUAACCCAACCUGGUCUCUCAGAAUCUGACAAAAAUAGCGUGAUAUCUAAAUUGACAAAUAAGAUUUGUGUGCGUACGGUAUGAUGGCCCAAAAAUAAUUUCCCGACUAGGAAAAGACUUUCUGAUGGAAAAAAAAACACUAGAUUCGGUUUAACAGUAAAAGGCUAUUAGUGGAUUUUUUCACACAUUAAUAAUUCCAUUUUUUUUACAACUUUGGUCUUAUUUUCAUAGGUUUGUCUGUCCCUUACUAGGGCUUUGACUUAUGCCCGAAAAUCAGAUUUGAAGUUCGUUUGCUUAUUAAUAUUAAUAUUCAAAUAUACUUUAAUAUGGAUUCAUAAUAUUUUGACCAUUAAAUGCCUUCAGUAAGACUUAUAUUGAUAGCAAAUUUAAGUUGUGUAUGUUCUGUCCACCAGAGGGCAGUGUAUCCGUCAAUGGGCAGGCAGGGAUGUUAUCAGAAGAAAAACAGUUUUUCUUAUUUUUUAUUAAAAGUCCGACCUGGAUUCAACACAAACAGUAUGCUACGACAGGUUUUAUCCUCCGUUCUUAUUGUAUCACGUUAAUGGGCCUCAUAUCGUCGCAAACGAACCGUGUCGGCAAAUCUGUCGCUCUAUUUGACGGGCAUAGGGGAGGAGAUAGCAUGGAGUCGUUCUGUCCUGCCUUCCCCCCCCCCCCCGCCCCCGCCCCCCAUCCUUUCCCAGCUUGCUGGGAUGUAGUGUUGACAAGGGGGUAAGCCAUGUACCAUGGCGCCAUUUUAAUGCUACGAUGCCAUCACCUGCCGUUAGCAUCCCAUCGACUCCCAUCCAUUUGUUGCCACUUUGACAGCGAAUAACUUUACAUCGAAGCGUUUAAAGACUCUAUUUGUCUGUGUUUCUUUCUCAAGAAACACGACAAUGUAUAAACCUAUCGGCCUCUCCUCUCUAAGCGUAGCUCCCAUGGCGCCAUUUUAAUGCUACGAAGCCAUCACCCGCCGUUAGCAUCCCAUUGACUCCCAUUCAUUUUGACGUCACGGGAUCUGUUGGUCCACUUCUUUAACUGUCCAUGAGCUUGAUAGGUGGGCCCUCGAUGCUGGUCGUGGCGUGGUACGUGACUUUGGUCCAACAUAUUUUACGUAUCGCUUUGUCCUGACUCGUGACUUAUCCCCUGUUUCUUUGGGAACCAUCGUAGCGCCACACGUUGCUUUCCCAACGAUCAGGAGUGUGGAGUUCAAAGUCCUCGCCAGGCGUGGUUGUGGUAGGCGUUGGCGCGGCCAUUGUUUUGGUAGACAACAUAGGUGCUAACCAGGACGCUGACGUCAUCUACAGGAGCCCCGGUGACCAAUAGUAGCCUCGCUAACGGAUAACAGAUUUGAAUAUUAAGGGCUGCCUAAUAUUCGUUCAAAUUUCUUUAGUUUUCUAAAUAUUCAAGUUAUAAUCGAACAACGAAUUUCGGAGUCAAAGCCCUAAUCCUUACUCUCUGUAUUAUUAUAAUUAGGUUGGACAGACCUGGGAAUGCAUCACUGAACAAGACUAAGAGCCAUGCUAGCAGGUUCAGGGUUCAGGGUUGAGGUACUGCAUAACGUUUCCCAUGUUCUUAGAUUAGCGUGUUAGCAUGCUAGCCACCUACAAGGUAGCCCCAGGUUCCCACAUGUUAAAUUUAAGUCUUUUUAAAAUCUCUUUAACACCAUUUAGAAUGAUAUUUAAUACCAACACCAUGAACACACUAGCAAAAGAAGGAUGUAAUAGAAUAUCAGCAUGGAUUUUAGGCUAUAAAAACAAUUGUUUACCAAGUACUUGAACUUAAUAAAACAUGUUCUUGUAGUACUGUAGGAGUAAUUUAAUCUGAUGAAAGGACAGUACACAUGUCAGACCUUUAUGAACAAGCUUCCUAAAGAAAUGUAAGACUUUUCGAAUCUUACAUUUAAGACAUUUUUAAGACUUUUAAGACCCCGCGGCUACCCUGUAACUAGUACCAAACAGAAGUGCAGCUGCUUAUGAUGGUAAUGUCAUUAGUUUUGCAAAUAUUUAGUCAUUGCCCAAUGUAGCUCAACAGGAAAGUGAUCACCAAAGUAGUUUUGGUAAAUCCUCUGGGUACCAUGAAUGUCUGUACAAGUUGGAUGGCAAUGAGUCAAGUAGUAGUUGAAAUAUUUCAGUCAAAAGGGUGGAGUGGCAUUGGGUGGAGUGGCCUUGCCAUCCAUUCAGUAUGGCUAAAAGUGGUGCAGUCAGUUGGCCGAUUUGCAGACUGUUGUUAGCUUAGCUUAAAGGCUAGCAAAAAAUGCAUGUUCGUCACCCUGUUUUGGCAGAAUAUGACAAAAGGUGAACAAAUUAUUAGCCAAAAUGUAAACGUCAAUCCCACUUUGACUUAGUUCGGCGCUACGAGGGAUUAUAUGUGAUCACUUUUGGUUUUACUUUUAAUAAAGUGGUAUGGAUAAUCUGGCUUCCUGAUCCUCUAACGCAGGGGUCUUCAACAGGGGUGUCCGCGACCCCUAGGGGGUCCGCGGAGGUACUGCAUGGGGGUCGCGAAAGUUUUGGUUGAUUAGACUUUUUUAAAUAUUUUUUCUCCCCCACUAUUGAAAUGUCUUUAAAUCCACAUUAACAUGAAUUCAAACACACUGUAGUGAACAGAUAAUGGAGGCAGAAGAUGUCUUUCAGUCAUCAGUGCAUCACACACACACGAUAUAGGACCAGUUUGAUAUAACACAAUGUUUACAAUAUAUAUAUUAAUUAUUUUAGGGGGUCCCCGCUCCAUCUCGCCAUCAGUUUGGGGGUCCUUGGCCUGGAGAACGUUGAAGACCCCUGCUCUAACGGCUCAGUUCACGCCGGGUGGACUUUGUUUUGGCAGCGUCACCAGAUCUCAUCAACAACCGUAGUGACUUUGUCUCAUAAAUGAUAGAAAUGAUGGCUAAAUCGAU